UGAUUUUCUCGGGCAUAAAAAGCUCUCUGCAAGAACGAACCAACUACUUUCGAAUUUUCUCUUCCAUUUUCUUGCAUUUUCACGCCGUACUGAUUCUCCACUUCGACGACAAUGGAGGACGGAGAACCACCGUGUCCGUCGCUAUCGCCGUACAGGUUAUCCUCCUCCUCUUCUUCCAUCUUCAGAGACAUCUCGAAUUUCAAGACACCGAAGCGUCCCGCGCAAAAACUUAACUUGCAGUCUCCGAGCACUCAAUUCUUCACGGCGUCCAAGCAGACGCCUUGGACUUCUUGGUCGACCGCUCGCCGCCGGCCUGCUCUGGCUCCGCCGUCUAGCCGGGCCAGGACAGUUCGGAGACUCAAAGCCCUAGAAUUUGAACAGUCCCAGUCCUCGCGGAAGAGCCAGAUUCAGAAAGAGCGGUCGUUGAAGUCGCUGGCCAAGUCGAUCACCGUUUGGCUCAAUUUCCUUUUCGAGAAUCCUGGUUCAUGCGGGUGCGAUUUGUCCACCUGUGGCGGCAAUGUGGAUCGAAGUGAAGUUGCGACCAAAGGGAAGAGGGAUAGUUUUCCGGGAAUCGGGGUCCGGGUUGACGCGGCGUGGAGGAAUCCGAAGCGUCAAAGAGAUUCAGCGUGGCGGGCUGAGGAUGCGGAAAAUAUAGCGGGGUUUUCGAAUUCGGCGUAUUUGAGUUUGCAGAAUUCGCUGAAAGAUGUUUGCAGUUUUGAAGAUCUGAAGAAGCGAAUGCGGGUGUACUUGAACUUGGGCGGAUGCAAGGAGGUUUUUGAUGUUAUGACUCAAGUGGCUAAGAAUAUUGAUCAAGGGAGGUUGAAAAUGAAGGCACACUGUCCCUUAGUUACUGAUGUUGGAUUGAAGGAGAAGGCCAUCAGAAUCCUUAUGUGUUACAACCCAACAUGGCUUCGAAUCGGAUUAUACAUUGUUUUUGGUGGUGAUUCGUUGUUAUCUAAUGGGGAUGUUGAUUCCGAUCAAGAAACUGCAUUCUUGAAGAUGAUUUUUGAAAAGCAGUUCUUUUCACAUGGUGAUUUAGCAAAAGCUUACGCUUACAACAAAAUGGUUGAGGGUUUGUACAGGCCAGGUUAUUAUGAAACUUUGGGGAAUAUUGUAUUGAAGAGAUUUUUGUUGCUUGUUCUUGUCCUUGAUAGAGCUAAAUGUCAGAGCAGUCUUUCUCAGAAGUAUGGAAUUGACGGAAAGGAUGGAGGUUCCCCUUUAUUAUUCACGGUGCAAUCUAGUAUUAAGUCAAGUCGUCAGGUGAUUCAUGAUUUUCUGUCACCAGAUAUUAUGCUUGGAGAAGGUAAUAUUCUAGCACAUCUGAUGAUAGUAGGAUACAAAGUACCGUAUCAACAGAGUGCUCUCGCUGAAUAUGAUUUCCAAGUAUCAGAUUUGUUUGUAGAUCUCCAAGAUGGAGUGAGGCUCUGCCGAGCUACUCAUCUUUUGCUGGAUGACCCCUCUAUACUCGCGAAAUUGGCAGUUCCAUCAGAUACUCGCAAGAAGUGCUUGGUAAAUUGUGGUGUUGUGAUGCAGUAUCUUAGUCAGGCUGGUGCAGCUUUAUACGAUGAUGAUGGUGUAAUGAUUGUGGGAGAUGACGUUGCUAAUGGGGACAAGGAAUUAACUCUUUCCUUGCUCUGGAAUAUGUUUGUUCAUCUGCAGUUACCUCUUCUGAUGAAGAGAACAAUGUUAGCUGAGGAAAUUUGCAAAAUUCGUGGAGCUAACGUGGAUCACUUCAACACUUCCAGUUCCACUCCUUUGGAAAUGCUUUUAAGUUGGAUCCAGGCAAUUUGUCAAAAUUAUGAUUGCAAGAUCGACAACUUUUCGUCAUUGGUCGAUGGAAAAGGAAUUUGGUGCUUGCUUGACUAUUAUUUUCGCAAGGAACUUCCUUGUACUUGUUCAUCAAAGGACUCUCAUAGAUCAAGCGGUGAAGAAUCAAUUGUUUUAGUCACCGAUUACCCAGAUGCGGUGCACAAUUUUCUAUUAUCACAGAGAUUGACGACAUUGUUGGGAAACUUUCCAGAGGUUCUACAGAUCAGUGACAUACUUGAGUAUAGUGGAGCUUGUAAUGAUAGGAGUGUGGUAAUCCUGUUGGUAUUCCUUGCAUCAAAACUGAUUGUCAAGAAAAACCUGGAUCAAUUGAAUUUCCAUAAACUCUUAGGUUGUAACUGUCAAAGUCCAGUGAGAAAAUACUCUAGUGCGGAGCCAUGUUUUUCAAGUCCUGAUCUAGUACGAACCAAAGACAAAACAUAUGGCUACAGUACCGAAGAUGCCGCAAGAAAAUUUAAAGCCAUUCAGGCUUGGUGGCGAGCUAUGACCGAGAGAAGCUAUCAACGUAUUGCAAAACCAGAAGCUUCUCCAAUUUUGUACCACCUUACAACAACUAAAAACAACAUUAAGAAUCAAAGAGAAAAUGCUGCCAAAGUUAUACAGUCUCAUUUCAAGCGGGCUCUUAAACGCCGCGACUAUUUGAAGAUGUUACAUGCUGCUUCUCUUUUACAAACUGUUUUCCGUGCAUGGUUAACUGUGAAGAAGAAACCAUCGUGCAUAAAUUUUACUGCUAUGCAAGAUCAGAAGUCUUCAUUUGAAAGGUGGAAACAGUCCGAAACAUGGAGGAGAUAUGUCAUGUUCAUAAUUGAGAGGCAUUGUUUUGUCAAAUUAAAGAAGUCGGUAUUGCUUAUCCAGCGAGCAGCAAGGAAUUGGAUCACUCGUCGUAGACUAGAUGAUCGCAGCAUAGAAACUUCUGAGAUUUCUGCUCCUGAUCUAGUCAAUGCUUCCAUUGUCAUUCAGAAAUACCUUCGUGGGUGGCUAGCAAGGUCUGGGUACAUCUGUGAGGUUGCUCAAGUACAGAAAGUUUUUGUUUUACAGCCGAAAGAGGAUCUUGAUGAUUUAAUCAAUGCUUCUAUUGUCAUUCAGAAGUACCUUCGUAGGUGGUUAACAAGGUCUCGGUUCUUAUGCGAGGUUGCUCAAAAAGAGAGAACUUUUAAUUUACAGCCGAAGAAGAGUGUUGAUGAUCUAAUCAGUGCUUCUAUUAUCAUUCAAAAAUAUCUCCGUGGGUGGUUUGUAAGGUGUAGGCACAUUCGUGAGGUUGCUCAAAUAGAAAAAGCUUUUCAUUUAAGCCUGGAGAAAGGUGUUGAUGAUCUUCAAACAAUCGAAGAGGUUGAAGUCCAGCUUACAGCGAAGUGUUCUGUUAUUUGCAAUUCUAUCAAAAAUCAACACUUUGCUGCAACCAAAAUCCAAAGUCAUUUCCGUUGUUUGAUAUUGAGAAGGGGAUUUCAAAGUCAAAAGCAUGCAACAUUGAAAAUUCAAAGUUAUUUUCGAAUGUCAAGAUGUUUGAAGACAUAUCAACAUCACAAAGCUUUAACCAAAUCUGCAACUAUUAUUCAAUCUUUUGUACGUCAAUGGAUUUGCCAUAGAGAAGCUUGUAGACGAAGGGAUCUAAUAGAUGCUAUCCAAAGACAUUGCCGUGGUUGGUUGGUAAGAAGGGAAUUCCUUUCCCAAAGGGAGGCUGUAAUAAAGAUCCAAAGUGCCGUUCGAGGGCUGAAAUGCAGAAUGGGAUUACAUCGUCAAACACUUGCUGCAUUGGAAAUUCAACGCUUUGUCAGGGGGCAGUUAACUAGAAAGAAGCUUUUAGGGACGUCCUCGCAACGUACACUUGCUCCUAAUGGUCAUAUUUCCAGGAGUUCAAGAGGCUGUAAUCGAAGUUCUGAAUUGACAUUAGUUUUGUAUUCGGUUGGAAAACUGCAGAGGUGGUGGAGAGGUGUUUUGUCACUAAAACUUAAAAUGAGGUGUGCCUUAAUAAUUCAGUCCCGUUUUCGUGGCUGGAUAGCCAUAAGAAAAACUACGAGAGAGAGGCAUCAUAUUGUAGUGAUACAAUCGCACUGGAAGGGUUACCUUGCACGGAAAGAAUCAAGAGGACACCUAUUGGACUUACGCCUGAGAAUGCAACAGUCAGCCGCAAAUGUGGAUGAUGGAAUGCGCAUAAUAAACAGACUUAUAGCAGCUCUUUCAGAAUUGCUGAGCAAAAAAAGCAUUAGUGGCAUUCUUCAUACUUGCGCAACUUUGGAUAUGGCUACAAGGUACUCUAAAAAAUGCUGUGAAAAACUUGUCGAUGCGGGAGCAAUCAGCACGUUGCUCAAGCUCAUUCGCUCAGUCAGUCGAAGCAUUCCUGAUCAGGAGGUCGUAAAGCAUUCGCUCUCUACUCUUAGAAACCUUGCCCGCUAUCCGCAUCUGGUUGAAGUGCUAAUUGACUGCCAUGGUUCUAUAGAAAUUAUUUUAUGGGAGCUGCUAAGGAACAAGGAAGAAAUAUAUUUUAUUGCUUCUGAAGUAUUGAAGAAGAUAUGCUCAAGUCGUAAAGGUAUUGAAGCUGUACGCAAGUCACCUGCCGUUCUGAGAAGGCUACACAAUCUUGUUGAGGAACUCUCAAGGAAGGCACAUAACGAGAAGAGGGGUGUCCGAGGUCAGAUGGCCAGAGAAAACACAGAUAGAAGAUUAAGAGAGGCUGUUAGUCUUCUGAAAAUGGUUACAGAAGGAUAAACAGGACUUUUGGAUUUGACAUAAGAGAAGAUGCUUAUAUUUGUCUUUGUUCUUUGAAAACUUUUCAGAGAACAACUUGAAAACUAAUUAGAAACACUUCUA